AUGUCUUGGCGUGAGCUUCUUCCCCCUUCCCUGGUGAUUUUAGCUGGGCUGAUUGGGAUCCUGCUGCUUUGUGUCACCACUAAAGAUGUGCAGAACCCUCCCAGGUGCAAGUACGGCAUCGUGCUGGAUGCUGGCCCAUCCCGCACUACCCUGUUCAUAUACCAGUGGUCAGCCAGCAAAGAGAACAAUACAGGGGUGAUCAGUGAACAUAGCUCCUGUGCUGUGCAAGGUCCUGGAAUCUCUAGCUACUCCGGAUCCCCGGGGGAAGCUGGGAACAGCUUAAAGCCAUGUCUCGGCCAGGCAAUGAAGGAAAUCCCUAAGGAACAGCAUGACCAAACCCCUGUCUAUUUGGGAGCGACUGCUGGCACGCAGCUGCUGAACCUCACCAGUCCCACGGUGUCAGAUACUCUGCUUGCCGCUGUCACCGCCACGCUGAAGUCGUACCCCUUUGACUUUCAGGGGGCAGAAAUUCUGUCCAGUCAAAACGAGGGGGUGCUUGGCUGGGUCACUGUUAACUAUCUUCUGGAGAACUUCAUCAAGUAUGGUUGGAUUGGGCGGUGGAGCCGCUCCAGGAAGGGAACAGUUGGAGUCAUGACCAUAGGAGGAGCCUCAACCCGGAUCACUUUCAAGAUCAAAGAAAGGAGCACAGAUCCUGAGAACGAAGUGACACUGCGGCUGUACGGGCAAGAACACAGGGUCUACACCCACCACUUCCUGUGCUCUGGCACAGACCAGCUCCGCAAGAAGCUGCUGUUGAAAGCCAUACAGGACCACGGCUAUGUGAGAGAUGUGUCUAAUCCCUGCUGGCCUCUCUCCUAUUCCCGGGCAGUUCGGUUCGGUUCUGUGCAUGACGGGCCCUGCACUGGAAGUAACGCCUCUUUAAGAACACCUACCUCUGAAGAUGUGUUUCAAGUAACUGGCUCCAGCAACUCUCCUGCUUGCAGGAAACUCAUGGGAAGUUUGUUCGACGACUCCUUGUUCUGCGGCUUCUCACAGUGUUCCCCAAAUGGAGUUUUCCAGCCCAACAUAACUAGAUUUCAGGUGAUUUCCGAGGCUCUGGAUCUUGUGAAGAAGAUGACGCCCUCUACCGACCUGGGCCAGGCAGUCGACUCAUUCUGUGGGCUGUCUAUGGAAGAGCUGAGCAAGAGGUUUCAGAUGAGACCAGACAGUCUUGCUGAUCACUGUUCCGUAUCCACGUUCAUCUACUAUCUAAGUACAAGGGGAUUCCUGUUUGACUUGGACAGCUCUGGCCAGAUUACAUUCCAGGAGAAGGUUGGUGACAUAUCAGCUGGCUGGGCUCUUGGGUACAUGCUGAAUCUGACCAACACCAUCCCAGAGGAUAAGCUGAGCUCCCUGAAAGCGAUUGAAUAUGGGAUCUGGCCCUUGCUCUUUAUCCUCUUUGUCCUGAUGCUCACUGGCUCUUUCACGCGCAUCGCAUACCGUGUGAUGGCGAAGGACAACGGAGAGGACCGCAUCUUGGAAGGACUCUGA